AUGUCCGCGUCGUCGUCGGCACCUGCCGCGGCGCCUCACGCCGUCUCGGAGCGUCGGCUGCUGUGGAAGAUCGACUUGCUGCUCAUGCCGCUCAUGACCAUCGCAUACGGCCUGCAGUUCUACGACAAGGCGAUCCUCGCGUCCGCUUCCAUUUUCGGUAUCCUCAAGGACCUCGAGCUCUCGGUGGUCCAUCCAGGCACACCGCCCAAGACGUCGCUCCAGCGCUACUCCACCGCCACCUCGGCGUUCUACUGGGGCUACCUCGUGGCGGCGCUUCCCAUGGCGCUCCUCGUCCAGCGCUUCCGUCCCAACGUCUUCCUCGGCUGCGCUAUUCUGCUGUGGGGCCUCAUCGUCAUCCUCACCCCCGCCAUCACCAGCUGGCGCGGCCUCAUCGCACAGCGCUUUUUCCUCGGCGCCAUCGAGAGCUCCGUCAGUCCCGGCUUUAUCCACAUCACUCGCUCGUGGUACAAGCGAUCCGAGCAGCCGCUCCGGCUCGGAAUCUGGUACUCGGCUACCGGCCUCUUCUCCAUCUUCUCCGGUCUGGUCAACUACGGCCUGGGCAAGGCAGGGACGCGUCCGGGGGCCAAGCUGCAUGCGUGGAAGUACAUGUUCCUCUUUGCCGGCUCGCUCACCAUCCUGUUCGGUCUGCUCAUGCUGCUGCUCCUGCCGUCGUCGCCGCUAGGAGAUGCGCUGCUCAGCAUCCCGGGAUACAACCGCUUUUCGCCCGAACAAAAGAGCCUCGCAGCGGGCAGGUUGCGCUCCAACAUCACCGGCGAGGCUGAGCUCGACGACGAUGCCACGCUGCGCACCAGCCAUGCCGAGGAGAACAAACACGAUGAAAAGGACGACUCUGCACCAGACACGCCCGCCGAGCAGGUGGUGCUCAACGACCGACUUGCGGCGCUCAAUGUGUCGGCGUCCUCCUCGGGCGUGCGUCAGCGCUGGAACGGCGCGCAGAUCAAGGAGGCACUUAUGGACUACAAGAUCUACAUCUUCUUCCUGCAGGCGAUUGCAAUCUACAUCUGCAACGGCGGUGUGACGGCGUUUGGCGCGUACAUCAUCAAGUCGUUCGGCUACACCUCGUUGCGAUCCAUCAUCCUUCAGACGCCCGGAGGCGCCACGACGGCGGUGUCGAUCUAUGUGUCGACGCUGGUGGUGCUCAAGGUGCGCAACUCGCGCUCGGUGUUGCUCAUGCUCACGUGUCUGCCGGUGAUUGCGGGCGCGGCCAUGAUCUGGAAGGGCGACUGGUCGAAUCGUGCCAUCCCGCUUGCGGGUUACUACCUGCUGCCCAUCUUUGGCGCACCCUUCGUCCUCAUGCUGUCGCUCAGUACGGCGAAUGUGGCUGGUGCGACCAAGCAGUCGGUCACUUCGGCGUUUGUGUUUGCCGGCUACAAUGUGGGCAACAUCGUGGCGCCGUAUCUGACCAUUGCAUCGGAGGCACCGAAGCACUACCGCACCACGUUUGUCGCCAUCAUCACAUGCAUGGCCAUCACCAUCGGCCUCACCGUGCUGCUCGAUGUCGGGCUGUGGUGGCAGAACAGGGCGAGGAAACUGGCGAGGGAGAGGGAGGCCAAGUCGAAACAAGAGGUGGACGAGAUCAAGAAGCGCGCCAUCCUCGAAGACUGGACCGACUGGCAGAACCCGUACUUCGAGUACGCCUACUAG